AUGAACGAAGAAUCAAAGCCUUCUAUUGCAUAUGAAGACCGAAGCUCAAUUUGCAAUGAAUCUUUCAAGUCCAAAGAGGAUGUGGCUUGGAAUGAAUUUGAUAAUCGUAUUGGGGCUUUUCUUUCUGAGGGUGCUCAGAAGGAUCUGUCGUUUGGUUCGUCUUCUUUACUCCAUAAAUCUCUCGAGCAUGCUACAGAUGAUGUGAAGGUUUCCUCUGCUUCGUUAGAAACUUCAGAUUGCAUAGCAUAUUCUCCCAGUCAGAAGUGGAUCAAGGAGCUGAAAUUGAAGCUUGAAGAAGACAACACAGAGAGCAAUGUCUUAGCAGCUAAAGAAGAGAUCCUGAUUUCAGAAUCUGUCGAUAACAAAGUUUCCGAACAACAGAGUCAAAUCUCUGCCGCUGCUGUCGAGCUUGGGGGAUCUGAGGUGGCGGAACUGAACCAAGAUUGUUACAACAAUACUACUUAUGGAUCUUCUCACAAAUAUUCAAGUACGAUCUUGAACGAAGACAACAGCCCAAAUGCUGCAAUUUCAUCAUCCGGGGUGUUUCUGCAAUAUCAGUUGAUGAUGUCUCCGGCUUCGAGUUCUCUGAGAUUCAACGGCUCUUCAAGAUCUUCUCCGUCACCCACUUCCCUUAAUUCCUUUCAGUUCUCGGAUUUGAGAUUGAUUUCAUCUACUGCCCAAAACAAUCAGGGAGAAAUUUGA